GGUGAAUUUUGGGUUCAGAUAUUCUACAGAGGAAAUAAAAUGAAAACAUCUUGUGCAUAUGCACGAUGUACCUCUUUCACGAGACGGAAGGAACUUCUUUCCUCUUCAUGUUCACUGUCGGCGGCCCAGUUUACCGCAGUACCCCAACAUAAUGUAUUUCUUGCUCUUCCUGCUAGUAGGAAGCUGUGGCAACAUAUGCUGCUGCCUGCAGUAGCAGUGGCAAAGAAGGAUGUUAGAGGGAGUGUCAAUCAGGAGGAUGACACGGAGCCCAGUACAAGCGAGGGUAGUAGUGGAAAGUUUGCCAAAGGGUCAGGGACUACAGCAAGAGGGCGCCGUUUAUUGAAAAUUCGGGAGGAAAAGCGGAAACGUGAUCAGGAGCGUCUCCACAAAUAUCCUGCUUGGGCAAAGGUAUUGGAAGAUGCCUGUAGAAAUGAUUCCGAGCUUAGAGCUGUUCUUGGAGAUAGUAUUGGUAACCCUGACCUCAUGAGAAAGAGAGUUGAAGAAAGGGUUCGAACGAGGGGGAGAAAUAUCACAAAAUCUAAAUCCGGCUCUGUCCUUGCAUUCAAAGUUAGCUUUAGAGAUUUUAAUCCUCUUGAUUCAUACAUAUGGUUUGAGUUAUAUGGAUCCCCUUCUGAUCGAGAUGUUGACCUUCUUGGCAGUGUGAUUCAAUCAUGGUAUGUGAUGGGCCGUUUAGGUGCGUUUAACACAGCCAACUUACAGUUAGCAAACUCAUCGAUGGAGCAUGACCCUCUCUAUGACGCUGACAAGGGGUUCAAGGUGAUGCCUUCAUCGUUUCAUGAUAUAAGCGACGUUGAAUUCCAAGACAAUUGGGGCAGGGUCUGGGUGGACCUUGGCACGGCUGAUAUCUUUUCAAUCGACGUGCUUCUUAACUGCUUGACCGUAUUGAGCUCAGAAUAUUUGGGCAUACAACAGGUGGUUUUUGGGGGCCGGAGACUCGGGGACUGGGAAGAAGGGAUGACGAGCACUGAGUUUGGGUAUAAAUCCUUCAAAAUAUGAAUGAUUUUUUCUGCUACGAAGUAAGGCUGAUGUUUUAUUUCGAUAGUGAGCAGAGGUUUUCAUCUUCUUGUUAAAACCAUUGUUGUUGUUCGAGUUGAAUGUGAUGAUCUCUUUUCUAUCUUUCUCUAACUCAAACAUAUUUCCUAAAUCAUAUCAUCAAUUCACUGUAAAUUUAUGUGAAAUUUUACAAAUUGCUUGGAAGUA